AUGUGGGCAGGGCAAAACAUCAACUAUAAUCCAAAUGAACCAACUGAAGACCUUAAAGCAUUUGAGCGUCGUCUUCGUGAAAUUAUCAAUGGUUUAGGUCCGAAAGCAUAUAAGUGGCGAGUUGUUUUGUCUGUAGCUGUACUGAUACUAUUAUGUUCGUCUUACUGUUGGCUUAUCGAUCCUGUCACAUACCAAGCCGGUUUUAUCGGUUCCUUGAAAAAACACCCAGAGUUUGUAUGUAGCAUUUUGUUUCUCAUGGUUCUUUUUUUUAUGGGAGCACAUAAAAAAGUUGUUUUGCCUAGUAUCAUAGCUCAUCGCAGUCGAGUUGUUUUAGCAGAAUAUAAUAUGGCAUGUGAUAAUUCUGGAAAGCUCAUUUUGAGACCUAAACCUAAUCUCUAA